AUGUACAACGAUUCAGUAGUUCCUGUAAAAAUGGAGUCUUUCAGUGGUAUUGUGGCCAAAAGCCCUAUUAGCAAAUGUAUCGAGACAGUAUUAAGGCGAGCCUGUUUAGAGAAAAGGUUAACCAUAGGACUGAUGCCGGCACUGAAAUACCUGUCUACGAAUAGUCGAGGAGCACUAUUCUGUAUACAAGCAGAGGCAAGGCCAGGAGACAGUGCUACUCACAUGCAAGAAGUUCUUCUACAGGCCUUUUGUAUGGAAAAUGAAAUUUAUACCAUAAAGGUGGAUUCUGAGGAUAAAUUAAAGAACCUUUUGGGUUGCUGUAAAACGUCUUUGGACUUUAGCUGCGUCCUUAUACAUUAUCCCUUUCUGGACCCCUUCAGUGAUUGCUGUGAAAUGGACUUAACAAUUCUCUCAGAAGCAGAGAAAGAUUUAAUUAACCACUGCGAGACAAAUUGGGGCUACUCACAGAUUCCAGUUAUUAAACUUCCGGAGAAGUGA